UAUUUCAGAUUAAGAAUGACGCAGAGGGGAAAGUUUUGUUCCGAUGCAAACGUUUAUUCUCAAGUGCCUGAUGGAGGAUGGGGCUGGGUAGUGGCUUUUGCAUUUUUCUUGAUUGAAGCACUUACAUAUGGUUUCAUCAAAUCAUUUGGUGUCUUCUAUAAUGACAUAAGGGACAGUUUUAAGGAAACCAACAGCAGAAUCUCAUGGAUAAUAUCAAUUUGCGUGUUUGUGCUAACAUUUACAGCUCCUCUAGCCACAAUAUUGACCAAUCGUUUUGGCCAUCGCCCGGUGGUGAUGGUAGGAGGACUGCUUCUCAGUUUGGGGAUCAUCGGGGCAUCCUUUUCUCAAACUAUUGUUCAUAUGUACAUCGCUAUUGGAUUAAUCUCUGGCUUGGGAUUCUGCCUUUGCUUUCUCCCUACUGUCUACAUUCUGUCACUGUACUUUGAAAAAAGACGCUCCCUGGUGACUGCAGUUGCUUCCACAGGAGAAUGUUUUGCUGUGUUUACUGGUGCACCAGCCAUCACAGCUUUGAAAGAGAAAAUUGGCUGGAGAUACAGCCUCUUGUUUGUUGGCGUUUUACAGUUAAACAUUAUCAUCUGUGGAGCCCUGCUUCGACCGAUUAUAAUCAGAUCACCUGGAACACCAAAAGAACCCACACCUGAAAAUCGGAAAGAAGUGCAGUAUAUGCUCGAAAAUGAGAAAACACACACCUCAAUAGACUCCAUUGACUCAGGAGUAGAAUUAACUACCUCACCUAAAAACGUGCCUAGCAAUGCCAAUGCAGAACCUGAGCCAAAGACUGACAUAGAAACGCUGGUAUCCAGUGAUACAAAGUCAAGUGAAAAAGCUUCAUUAUUGGACUUUUCUAUUUUGAAAGAAAAGAGUUUUAUUUGUUACACACUUUUUGGCCUGUUUGCGACACUUGGAUUCUUUGCUCCCUCUUUGUACGUCAUUCCUCUGAGCAUUAGUCUGAAUGUGGACAAGGAUCGUUCCGCUUUUACGUUAUCUGCCAUGGCCGUGGCGGAAGUUUUUGGAAGAAUUAGUGCUGGUUUUGUCCUUGAUAGAAAGCCUAUCCGAAAGAUCUAUAUUGAGCUUCUCUGUGUCAUUCUGUUGACUGUAUCUUUAUGUGCCUUUCCUUUUGCUUCUGGGUUCUGGGGUCUAAUAGCAUGCAGUGCAUUCUUUGGAUUCAUGCUCGGAACAGUAGCAGGGACUCAUCUUCCUCUGCUAGCCGAAGAUGAUGUCGUAGGAAUCGAGAGGAUGGCUUCUGCAGCUGGAAUCUAUGUCUGUGCUCAAAGUAUAUCAGGACUUGCUGGACCACCCCUUUCAGGUCUUCUAGUGGAUAGCACCAAGAAGUAUCCUUCAGCUUUCUAUUCCUGCGCAGCUGGCAUGGCAAUAGCAGCUAUAUUUCUGGCAUUUGUGAGACCAUGCAAAGUUGGACUGUGCCGGAGCCCGCAAGAUGAAGAAAAGUCUGAUGGACAGCAGGCAAAAGCCUUACAAGAUACACCUGAAGAUUUUCUUGAAAUGGACCUUGGGAAACAUGAAAACAAAGGAAACAAGAAAGAUAACAUAGUAUAA